AUGAGCGCCAUCCUCUCCGUCGACGACCUCAACGACUUCAUCUCGCCCGGCGUCGCAUGCAUCAAGCCCGUCGAGACGCUCCCCGCCGCCGACGCCCACGAUGAGACCGAGGUGAUGCUCGACGGCGGCUCCCAGCAGCAGCAGCAGCAGUCGGCCGCGCAAAUCUCCCUGACCGACUGCCUCGCCUGCUCCGGCUGCGUCACCUCGGCCGAGGCCGUCCUCGUCAGCCUGCAGAGCCACGCCGAGGUCCUGGCCACGCUCGACGCCGCGCCCGCCCUGCGCGUCGUCGCCGUCCCCGCCGCCACCGCCGACAACGACGACCCCGCGCGGCGCUUUGUCGUCGAGGGGCUUGCCGACCCGGGCGCCCGCCUGCUCGUCGCCAGCGUCAGCCCCCAGACCAGGGCCAGCCUCGCCGCCGCGUGCCCCUCGGGCGCCGUCUCGGGCGCCGACGUGCGCCGCAUGGUUGACGUCUUGCUCCGGGGCGACUCGGGCCUCGCCGCCGGCGGGGCGUGCGGCAGCCGCUUCUCGUGGGUCGUCGACACCGACGUUGUGCGCGACGCGACCCUCGUCCUCGCCGCCGACGAGGCCCUCGGCGCAUCCACCCCCUCGCGGCCCGUCCUCGCCGCCUCGUGUCCCGGCUGGGUGUGCUACGCCGAGAAGACGCACCCGCACGUCCUCCCCCACCUGUCGCGCGUCAAGUCGCCUCAGGCCCUCGCCGGCACUCUGCUCAAGACGACGCUGAGCCGCAGCCUCGGCAUCCCGCCCAGUCGCAUCUGGCACUUGGCCGUCAUGCCGUGCUUCGACAAGAAGCUCGAAGCCAGCCGCGAGGAGCUCACGGACCAGGCGUGGGCUGGCGCAGACUCGCUCGCGCCGGGAGUCCGCGACGUCGACUGUGUCAUCACGAGCAAGGAACUUCUCAUGCUUUGCGAGUCAAGAGGAAUCGACUUCUUCCAGCUUCCCCGAGACGGCACCUCCAUACCUCCGCUGGAGCCCUUCCCCGACUCGCGGUUACACCAAUUCUUGUUCCCCACACAACGCCCUCGGAGUCCUCCCCGCGUCGCCGGCUCCUCAGGCGGCCUGCUACACUAUAUCCUGCAGAGCAGAGCCGCCCAAACGCCGGGCUCUGAAAUCCGAACCACCCGCGGCCGCAACGCCGACGUGGUCGAGUACUGCGUCUCCCUCGACGGCCAACCGCUCUUCAGGGCCGCGCGGUACUACGGCUUCCGAAACAUCCAAAACCUGGUACGCAGGCUCAAACCUGCGCGGCCGUCCCGGAUGCCCGGCGGCAAGCCCUUUGGGAGCGCUCGGCGGGCUGCGGGCAAGUCGGCGGCGUCGCUCGAGUAUGGGUACGUCGAGGUCAUGGCGUGUCCCGGGGGCUGCACCAACGGCGGCGGGCAGAUCAAGGUUGAAGAUCCCAUCGUCGCGCAGCGCAAGGGCUUUGUCGGCAAGCCGGGCCCGCAGGAGCAAAAGGAUUGGCUGGCUGAGGUCGACGAGGCCUACUUCUCCGACGGCGAGGCGGAGACCGAGGACGGCCCGAUUGGCGGGGACGUGGUUGAUGGCAUUUCCUCGUCCCAUGUACAUGAUACCCUAGUAUACUGGUCUGAGAUGACGGGCAUAGGCUUGGAUAGACUGGCCUUCACAAGCUAUCGCGAGGUGAUCAGCGACGUCGGCAAGGACCGCGCCACCGACGCCGACAAGGUGGUCCAGCUUGCCGGCAAGGUUGGGGGCGGAUGGUAG